AUGAAUGAGUCUCGACAGACAUCGCUAGACAAUUUGGCCCACAUAGCAAACAUGUCACACGAGCUUCUGGUUCUCAACCAGCAGCUCCGAGAAGAAGCAGACAAAAACCAGAACCCACUGCAACAGCUAGCCCAGCAGCAGAUAGCCCCCCAACAACCACCACAGCAUCUUCCGCAGCGAUUAGCGACAUUCCCAGUUAAGGCUGAACCACCGCAAGCAUUAAUACCCCCCUUACAACAGCAUCAGAUACAGCAACAGCAACAGAAUCACAUACAACAGCAGCAACAGCAUCAACAGCAGCAACACAUACAGCACCAAAACAACCAUCCAAAUCAUCAUGUUCAGCAACAGCAACAAGAGAACAGCAACAAACGGUCCGCUCCUAUCAAGGUCAAAAGAAUGGCAUGUGUAGAGUGCAGACAGCAGAAAUCUCGUUGUGAUGCCCACCAAAGAAUUCCCUGUACUAGAUGCUCCAAGAAGGGACUCCAAUGUAACUUGAAAUCUGACUAUAAAAGGACAGACAAGAGAGCAAGAAUCGCUCAGAUAGAGAAGGAAUUUUCUAUCUUAAAGAAUACUUUGACGAAUGUCCAGGCAAAAGAAUUACUUCUGAAGGUUCCAUCAUUAGUUGGUACUAAUUUUGCAUCCACGCAAUUUCCUCCACCUCCAGGACAGCCCCAAACAAAUCAACAGCCAACGAACUAUGCUAGCAACGAUUGGCCAGUAUCGGUAUCACCACAUCCUGGAAAUCCUACGUUGCAUUCAAAUAGCACCUCUGAGGCGAAUAACUCACUUCCAAAUACCCCUUCCAUUCAAAAGUUGAUGAACCCUCCUGCUUCAAAUGAACUCCCGAUGGCAGCAUCCAGCUCCUAUAACAGUGGUCUUAACAACCGUAACAGUAAAAAUGAAAAUGGAUUUAACAUCAAUAAUGAGAUCCCGGAGGGAAUGUACCACCCUGAUUCUAAAAUUAUUCUCACAGAUGAGCUACUUGCAUGUGAAGAGAAAUCUAUUGACUCCGUAACUAUAUCGCCUGAGACUAUAAAGGCACUCUACAUUGAAUAUGUAGAGUAUUAUCAUGUGAUACUACCAGUUGUUGAUAUCAAAAGGGGCCCAGAAAGUAUAUAUAGACUCUGUCCAUCAUUGUUUUGGGUGAUGAUGUUCGUUUCUCUUAGAAGAUUUCCAGGGGACCAUGAUAAAGCCAUGCUCAUCAAACUUUCUCCCAUUGUUAAAGAUAUACUUGCAGAAAUCUCGAUUUCUCCAAUCACUCGUUAUAACCCUACAGAAGAAGAUGAACCUAUUUUAAAUGCAUCUUCUGUAUUCUCAGUACAAGCAUUUCUUUUGUACACAUUCUGGCCCCCAAUCACCUCAUCUUUGAGUGCCGAUUCAUCAUGGAAUACAAUAGGAGCAGCAUUAUUCCAAGCGAUCAGAAUCGGACUACACACCAGUCUGGCUACCAAUCCGGACACAAAGUUAGAUAAGGCACAAGAGAAUACCAGAACAUGGAUAUGCUGCAAUAUUGUCUCUCAAACAAUUGCAACAUCCUUUGGGUUCCCAGCUUUUGUCCAAUUCGAUUCCAGUGUCUGGAGUGCUUUCAGACCUGAAAGUCCCAUACAGUUACCAAAGUCUAUAAAAUACAUGAUGGAAAUUGCUCAUUUCGAAGACCAAGUUGGGAAGACUUUGAAUACCAAUCCCUUGGAUCCAUAUGGUUUGGCAGAUCCUACGGAGAGGCUUCCAUUACUAAAAGUCUUACUUAGACAAUUAGAUGAAUUGGAAAUAAAAAUUGCCAAGUAUGACUUAUCAUUGUCAUCAGAUCAAAACGGAUUAAGAAAGUUCCAGCUAUUAUCAGCAAGAAUUUCUCUUUUGACGUACUACUUUAUGGAUUCUUCAAGAAUAGCCGAUUUCGAAUUACAGAAGGGUUUAGUGCAAGUGUAUAAUGCGGCUGUUGGACUUGUUAGUCAUGCUCAACUAUGCCAGGCCAAAGACAAGAAGUUCGUAAAAUAUCUCCCAGGGGUCUAUAUCCUAAAUAUAUGGCAAGCAUCGUGUAUUAUUGGGAAACUUGCUCACUCACCUUUAAAGAAGGUUAUUGAUUUGGGAUCUGGGAAACAAAGUUAUCAGGCUGCGAUAACUUUAGCUGCAAAAGCAUCCAUUUUAAAGCAUGAUAUGGCGCAUAGAUCUAGUGGAAUCAUGAGAAAUAUGUGGCAGCUAUUCAGAACCUUGGAUGCAAAGAAGCUUACUGGUUUGAGCAUUACUAUUCGAACCAGGAUGUCUGCUUCAGUGUUCUUUGAUUGCUUAUUUUUAUUAAGAGAGCAAGUGGGUAUGAUCAAAUUAAACAGCAAAAGUAAAAAUGAGAAUUCUGCCUCGAAUAAUGGCAAUAUAGAUUCCAACGGUUCGAGAGCAGGUGAUAAUCCGAAAAGAUCAGGAACUACUUCUGGCUCCGUAUCAGACGAUGAAGAUGAUGAUUCUGAUAAUGAUGACCGGGAUUUCUCCAAUGAAGAAGCCAUCGCAUCCGACGAUAAUAAUGAAGAUGAAACAAAGAAGGAUGGCGAAGGAAGUUCGCACACUACUCCUGGCAGCAACACUUCAAGUAAAACCAAGAAGCAGAGAUCGCUAUCUAAUACUAUGAAUGCGGAGUCAAAGGCAAGGAAGAUUAUUAGAACUAUUCCUCUAGACCCUCAACCGAUUACGGCACAACGCGGAAAGCGCCUGAGCAUAUUCAAUGUGGUGAAUCAAACACCGCUGUCUGAAUCACUGUAUGGGGUGAAUCCGUCUCCUGAUACAUUCAGAGAUCCAAAUUCACCAGUAAUAAAGAAAACUCCUAUCUCCAACCAAAGGCAGGCAAGUAUCCCACAGCAGAAUCCACAGUAUCAACCACAAAAUCAGCAUGUAUUACAAAGUAGAACCCAAAUACCUGCAGUAAGUCACAAUACGCAAUAUAACCAACCAUUCCCCCCACAAGACCAAUUUAAACAAUUUCAAUCUGCACCUAAUUCAUUCCAAACACCAACAACUAACAACCCGAAUUCCAACAAUGUGUCCAAUGCAACAUUAUCUGAAAUAGUACUCAACGAAUCACCCCUUCAAGGUGGACUUGAAGGCUUGGAAUUCAAUGGUAUGGAUAUAAGCACCGACUUACUCUGGAAGGAUGUAGAUAGCGUCAUGAAUGAUUUUGGAUUCCAUACGUAA